GAAAAGCUCCUUAUAAGUUCGAUUGCGUUUCCAUAGGGCUUCCCCUUUGGUGAUUUUCUUUUUGCAUGAUAGGAUCGAUAUGGUGUCUUCACAGCAAUCGUUAGCGGUACCAUUAAGUGCGCCGAGUCCCUGUCGGAAUGCUGUGCAAAUCGCUCCUAGCCAAUCGACCGUGUAAGUAAGGCGUGAUUCUAACUUCUGCAGAGUAGUUGCUUACUCUCAGUUGCUUGUUAGGAUGAAGAACCAGGCGUCGACAAGAGGGAGAGGGUCUGGUAGGGCGACUGCUCAACAGAUUAUCUUUGAGCUGAAGCAGAAGGUGGUUCUUGCCCUGAACAAGCUCGCGGAUAGAGAUACGCAGCAAAUUGGAGUCGAUGAGUUGGAAAAGGCAGCUGAGUGCUUGAAUUCGGACACUAUAGCCCCAUUCCUGUCUUGCAUACUGGACACUGAUUCUGAACAGAAAUGUGCCGUUAGAAGGGAAUGUAUUCGGUUGAUGGGGACGUUGGUAAAAUCCCAUGAGGGUCUCAUUGGGCCGUAUCUUGUUAAGAUGGUCUCUAGCAUUGUUAAACGGCUCAAGGACCCAGAUUCGGGCGUGAGGGAUGCUUGUGUGCAGACGAUGGGCGUUUUGGCUUCAUCAUUAACUAACCACCCAGGCGAGAGAGGUCAGAUUUUUGUCACAUUGGUGCGGCCGCUUUUUGAAUCCUUGGGCGAACAGAAUAAGCAGGUGCAGUCGGGUUCGGCAUUGUGUUUAGCAAGGAUCAUUGACAGUACCAGUGACCCUCCGGUAUCAAUUCUACAGCGCAUCUUGACUCGAACAACAAAGUUACUCAAGAACCCACAUUUCAUGGCCAAAGCGGCAGUCAUUGAGCUAAAUAGAAGUAUCAUUCAGGCAGGUGGUGCUGCAACAGUGAAUGGUUUGUCUGCUGCACUAACUAGUAUUCAAGAAGCAUUAAAAAGCGGUGAUUGGGCUACUCGUAAAGCUGCUUCCUUAGCAUUAGCAGAAAUAGCUUCGAGUGGUGGAGGUUUCUUGGGAACUUUUAAGGUGUCCUGUGUACGGUCCCUCGAAGCAUGUCGUUUUGAUAAGGUUAAGCCAGUAAGGGACACAGUUUUGCAAGCAUUACAUUGCUGGAGGAAUGUUCCUGGUCAGGAUCAUCCUGAGCCAUCAGAGUGUGGAUCUUCUGUCAAAGAAAACAAUUAUGGCGGCGACUUCAGUGAUUUGACUAGUGCAAGUGAAUCCGGGCGGGCGGCCAUAUCAAAAAAUGUGGGUCGAGAUUCAGUGAAGAAGAGGAUCGGGUUGAGUGCUAGAAAAGCAUGUCAAAAUUUCAUAGAGAAGCAAGAACAUCCAAAACCAGAGGACUGGAAUGUAGAAAUUGCGGUUCCUAGAAACACAAAGAUGUCUGUCGAACAUUGUGAGGAACAAGAACCUGAUGGUAGUUUUGUUACUAAUGGAGCAGAGAGAAUGAGUGCUGACAUCACAAGCAUGCAAGAUGAUGUUUAUGAUUAUGGUAUGGUAGAUGACCAACAAGAGUGCUCUUCUGUUUCCAAUCUUGGUGCUGGUAGUUUCAAGACCAAGCUCAUGACUGUUUCUAAAGGCUGUAUUGAUGAGAGUUCUCAUGAUUUCCGUGGAACCAGUCACCGGCGUGUCACUGAAGAAGUUAGCAGCGAAGGACCCAUGUAUCCAUAUACACUGCAGGAUCGCAGAAGUCUUGAUUCUACUGUGACAGAAUCCAGCUAUCCAGCCAUGUUUGGAUGUUGUCAGAAAGCAGCAAAUGAAAUGAUUUCCAUUCGCCAACAGCUUUCAGCGAUAGAGAAAAAACAGUCAAAUUUGUUGGACCUGUUGCAGGUGUUCACCACCAGCACGAGUGAAAGCUUGUCUCUCAUAAAGUCAAAAGUGAUUGCUUUAGAGCUUGCUGUCGGUAGAAUUUCCCAGGACUUUAUUCAUGACGAUGGAUAUGCUUUUAUGGGAGGCUCCAAAUGUUUGAGAAAAGAUGAAAGUAUUGAUUCCCCAAGACUCUCUAUAUGUACCCCCCGGCCAUCAGUGGAUAUGCAGCAAAGACAACCUUCAAUUAUGUCUCGGAAGAAGAGCGAAUUUGGUGAUAACAACCCACUUGAUAGGAACCGGAGCGAAUCAGCAAAUUUAAAGCAAGAUGCGGAUAUGUGGAUGGCUUCCAGUACGAGGUUGUCCAGGAGUCAUUUGGGUAAGGAUUGUCAUAAAUUCUCAGAGCAGGGAGCACAAAGCAUUGUUAAUGUUCGGAGAAAAGGAGAUACAGGUGCAAAUGCUAGACAAAUUGGUCCCACUAAGAAUAGUGUGUGUAAGCAUAUCAGGGAUUUUCUCCGUGUAGGUGACCUCGAAUCUGCAUAUGCUGAAGCUCUAAUAUUAGGUGAUGAGCAUGUUCUGAAUGAGCUUGUCAACGCAACUGGUCCUGUUCUGGAUAGUUUAUCGCAGAAAACUGCUAGUGACCUUCUUUGUACUCUGGCUUCAUUCUUCAUGGAGCAAAGGUCUUUGGGUUACAUGGUUCCAUGGUUGCAGCAGGUAGUGGACUUGAGCACCAUCCAUGGGCCCAAUUACUUCAUUCUCUCUAUGAAAGCAAAGGAAGAAGUCAUGUCUGCUACUCAUGAAGUUGUUAAAAUGGAGUUUUCUAGUAGUGCAGAAAGAAGAUCCGCUAAUCAAAUGGCUGUGAAAUUGCACCACUUAUUGGUUCUCUGCAGCUGAAUACCACCCUCACCCUCCCUCGGUUAUCUUUUAAUGCCAAAUCGCUGCAGAAGUCCAAGUAACACCCUCCCCUAUCCUUUUUUUCUUUUUUGAAAAAGAAUCAAAGCUAUCUCGUGCCGAAGGCUUUUGAUCUCUUUUUUUUCUAAGCGAUAUAACGGAUCAUCUUCCAUGUCAGCCCAUAGGCAAGCACAUUGAUUGCUCUUCAGUCGACAAUUUCUUUUUUUACAUUAUCUUAUACUACUUACAGCUUUAAAUCUAUACAUCUAAAGAAGGCCGACGUAUGUAACAGGUAAGAAUCAGAGCUUACUCUUGGAAUCCUACCCAGAUUAGCUUCUGAAGUGGGGUUUCUUACAUAAAACAUUUCUGUUUUGAAGCAAUCUGAUGUGAAUGAAAUUGUAAUUUUGGCACAUUCUCUUAGCCUACUCAUAUUUAAACAAUGUCAGUAUGGUGAGUGUUGUGUGUAUGCCAACAAAGAGAAAUAAAACUACUGUACUUGCUUCAACCAGGGGGUACGGUUUUGUUAUAUUUGCUAUGGAAUACUGGUAUUGCUCAAUGAAUUGUUAUGAAAUACUGUAUUAUGCGUGUUCUGCAGUAUAAGAAUUAAUCAUAUACUUCUCUAAACUCGAGAAAAUGGAACUGUCUAUUUCUUUUAAAGCCAAAAAACAUCAUAGUUCUAAUAGAUAUUUCAAGGCUGUAUUGCCUCUAUUAAAUUAUUCCACAUUGCUUGUCUAUGUGGUUUAUGAUGUCCCUCCAUUUAUAAUUUAAGCUUUUAAAUUAGACGUUCUAACAUGUCAUUAGAGUCUAAGUUUUGCCCCAAUUUUAUUUUGCAUGUCCCCUAGGUCGUCAAUUCCACUUGGUGUUCUUAGUACGCUUUUCCAUGUGAGAUUGGGUGUUGAAAUAUCUCACAUUACUUGUCUACAAGGUUUAUAUGGGCCUUGUAAACAUUAUGUUUAAGGUAUCUCACAUCACUUGUUUAACACAUCUCACCUAAUAAAUUAGAAAUUGGAUUGGACAUUUUCGUAACCUGCAAUAAUUUCAAGUGAUAAAUAUUUCCAGGGACAAAAUAACUUGCCAUUGUAGUUUAUUUACAUCCUUAAUUGCUUCAUGUCAGUUUCACUUUAAGUGUACCCCAUGGCUAGUGGUAAUUGUUUUACUUGUUAAAAAUAAGUGCAUUGGAAAGUCCUAAAACUUGUCACGAAAGUACAAUUGAGUCUUAAAACUUUCAAUAAGUGUAAUCAAGUCUCAAAACUUGUCACAAAAGUGCAAUUAAAUUUUGAAACUUAUCAAGUUGGUGCAAUCAAGUCCUAAAACUUGUCAAGUUGGUGCAAUUAAGUCCUGAAACUCGUUAACAUUUUCCGUUUGUUAAGUUGGACGGAGUUAUUGGAAUGACUUGAUUGCUCCAACUUGAAAAGUUUUAGGACUUGAUUGCACUUUUUGAAAUAUUUAGGACUCAAUUGCACUUUUAUGACAAGUUUUAGGACUUGAUUGCACUUUUUGAAAGUUUUAGGACUCAAUUAUACUUUCAUGACAAGUUUUGGGACUUUCAAUACACUUAUCCCUACUUUUUUAAGUUGUGCAUUUGUUUUCUUAGACUAGUGAACCCUGACUUAUUAUCAGGUGGAUGAGUACAUAAAGCAGAGAAAGGAGGUCAAAUAUUGAAUUUGCUGCGUGAUACUUGGAGUAGUGGAGUUUUCAAAAUUUGGGCUUUGAACCUUUUCUAUGGAAUCAACAAAGCUAGAAACUGGAAGAAAAGUUCUAACUUACAUAUCUUGGCUAUAGCAGUUAGAAUCUUCGUGUGCCAUUAUUCCCCAGUGGCAACUGGCAAAUAAUGUAAAAGUUAUUCAUCUUGGAGAGAUUUGGCAACAAUUCAGGUUCUUAGGUACAUCUGAUGUUGCAUUGACCAUUAUGUCAUGAUGCAACUACCAUGGGCUGGGUGGUUUCUGUAUACUUGGCAUUUUGUUUUUAUCCAGAAAAGGGGUUUGGAUGCAUCGAUCCUCUUUCCAUCUAUCAUUUUUCUUAUGAUUUUUCCUUAAUUAAAUUCCUUCUCCUAGUUAGUGUUUGCAAUGAUCUGGUCAUUUCACAAGAACUUUGUAUAUAAGUUCGUUGAGUUUUAUGGGCUUAAAUAUUAUUUUG